GAAAGUGUAAACUGGUGUCACGUCAGUUAAGUUUUUUUUUUUUCUGUAAGUUGAAUAGGGAAGGUGUAGGACGUAGCGUAAGCUUUUUGAACUGCAAGAGUUUUACACUUCCUUCACAACUUGAAUACGGAAGGCGGUCUGGAGGAAGCUACAUAUUUUACUUCAUAACUUGUUAAAUAUGUUUUUUUUUGUUUUUUUUACACAUGUAUCGCUUCACUUCAGAAGGCUUUUAUUAACCCCUGGAGCCGUGUGGAGUUCGUUUAUGAUGGAUGUGGAUGGAGACACUUUCUUCAGCUCUUGACCCCUGUUCACUGCCAUUAUAAAGCUUCAGGAUGCGCCAGAAUAUUUAUUAAUAUUUCUCUGAUUGUGUUCAUCAGAAAGAAGAAAGUCAUACACACCUAGGAUGGCUUGAGGAUGUUGAGCAUGAAAGCGCAGAUGGAUGUGAUCUGCUGUAAAUCAGUAGGAACUGAUCUGUCCAUGCUGGAUAUUGAGGAUUUCAUCAGUGAAAUCUGUCAGCUGAAGAAAGAGGUGGCGUCACUGGAGGCAAAGCUGAGAGAAAGAGGAGACAAACCCAACAGAGAGGAUCUGGAGAAGGUUUCAGUGUGUGUGACUGACGGGACAGAAGCUCAGGAUUCAGUCUGGAGAUCCAGAGACACACAGGACUCAGAGCUCAGCCUCACUUUACUGUGUUAUACUGACGCUCAGGAUCAUGGAUCCGCUGAUCAAACCUCUGACUGUAACGCUGGAGAACAGCAGAUGCUGCAGACGCCGCUGAAGAUGUGCUCCGUCAAACUGGUGGACUGCAGGAACCUGAUAGAGAGCAGAGGAGAAAAAACCACAGCAGAGGAACAACAACAGAGACAUGAGGAGGAAGAUGAAGAUCAGAAUAAUGAUGAUGAUGAGUUUAUUCCUGCAGGUGAGAAUGGCAGUUCAUCUUCUGAUGGAGAAACAACCUCAACAUCAAAAGAUCAGCUGAAGGUCAAGAGUUUGAAUCAAGUAUUGUUGCUUCAUUGUUACUAUGUCUUUUAAGUCUGUGACAAGCAGGGAGGGACGAGAGCCAUGAGGGAACGGCGCAAUGCCAGUGGCGUGAUUGCUAAAGAGCGUCACCUGCGCUUGGCACCGGUCUCGUAUCUCUCACGGAGGAGCUCCAGAAGCAUAAAUGGAGGAGCGACGACAGUGAAGGACGAGACAGGACCAGGCCUGGAUUUUAUGUUAAGUGACCUGUCAUGUCCAGUGUAGACAGCUGUUGCGGCAUGACUCGAUAAUGGUUGCGUCCCUUUGGUAACACUAUCUGACUAAUUAUGAGUAAAUAACCACUGCCAUUCCUUCCUUAAAAAAACAUUUUCUGAUAUCAAGAAUUGAUCUCUGACCAGGAAUCCAUACUUACUUAUUUAGUUGAAGAAUGUUGACAGUUAAGCUGAACCUGAACACAAACAUGUUAGUAUGUUGAUAAGAUAAAACCCACGCAGAACAUGAGGAAAAGUUCAUAACAAGUACCUUACUAAUUUACCAGUGUAGCUCUUUAUGUUCACAGUUUAGGACGUUUUACCAUCCUUAAAAUGACAAAUUGUGGUAAAGAUUGUAGAAUAUCAGCCUUCAUUGCUGUCUGUCUGUAUAUAAUUUGUGCUAUUUCAAAUGUUAUUAAAGAAAAACUUUUAACAAUAUCUGUGCUUUCCAGCAAGAAUUAGUUUCACUAUGUUGCCAUACAAAUUUGGUAUUGUAAAAAUGUCACAUAUUGUAUUCUUUCCUACAGGAUGUUUCAUGACAAUAUGAUCUAGAAAGGGCCAUUUCACCACUACAAAAUACAAAAUACGUCAGUAGUAGAUAAACAACUGGAAUUACUUUUUUUUCUUGCUCAUGUUUUGAUUGGUUAAACUGCCUGUGUGACGUGCACUUGUGCCAUAUAAAGUUUUCACUUCAGUUUGAGUGACACUCUGUUUUACAGUUUAACAAACCCUGCAUGCUUAAAAAUAAUAAAAACAAGUGAUUUAUUCACAGCUUUCUGUUAAGAAUUCAAAACCAAACAGAAACAAAAUGAGUGAAAAAGUACCUCUAAUUUCAAAAGAAGAUGGCAUUAAUUUGGCAGAAAUAAAACCAUCUGCUGCAGUGAGUCAAAUUAAAAAGACGUCACUGAAACUCUCUCGCCUACACAAAUCAGAGGCUCAUGGGAGGACACAGAAAAGGACAGAAGACAGCACAAUAGCAAUUCCAGCUGAACUCAGGAUUGUUCUGGUGGGUAAAACUGGAUCAGGAAAGAGUUCAACGGGAAACACCAUCCUGGGUCAAAAGCAUUUUAAGGAGGAUGUUUCACCAGUGUCAGUUACUAGAACCUGUGAGAGAGGAGAUGUAAAGUUGGGUGACCGGAUCAUCUCAGUCAUCGACACUCCAGGACUGUUUGAUACGACAAUGUCAAAACAGAAAAUGAAGGAUGAAAUAGUGGAGUGUGUUUACAUGUCUGUUCCUGGUCCUCAUGCAUUUCUGCUGGUCAUCAGACUGGGUGUGAGGUUCACAGAUGAGGAGAAAAACACAGUCAAAUGGAUUCAGGAGAACUUUGGAGAAGAAGCUACUUGUUACACCAUCAUUCUGUUCACUCACGCUGAUUAUCUGAGGGGGAAACCAUUAGAUGUGUAUGUCAGUGAAAGUAAAGAUCUCCAGGCUCUUGUUAAUGAUGUUGGUGGCAGAUUUAUCUCAUUCAAUAAUGAGGACAUGGAGAACCGCAAUCAGGUCACAGAACUGCUGAUGAAGAUUGAGAAGUUGGUGGAGGUGAAUGGAGGAAAGCACUACACUGAUGAGAUGUACCAGGAUGCUCAGAGCAGGAUACUAGAUAGAAAACGGUUCUGUAAGUGUGUUUGUGUCUUUCUUUGUCUUUGAAAAAUGUUAUCAAAUGAUAAAGUAUGUUAUAUAUAUAUGUUUCCAGGGGCAUAACUCAAAUUUUUUCCUUGAUGACAUAUAUAAAAAUAUCAACAAAGCUUUUUUUUUUUUUUUUUUUUUUUUACACCAAACAAUUCAGUCUACACUUAUCAGUUCGUAAGAUGUAAAUAAACAUACAAGCCAGUUCGUAAGACGUAACCUAAGAUGUAAAUAAACAUAAACCACACUGUGCAUGUGCAAUAAUGUAUUUUUGAAUGUGAUUUACAAUUGAGGCUGUCAAAAAGGCUUAAAAAAUAAAUUCUUAACUUACAUACUAAUAUUACCAUUUAGAUGAAUUUUGGUCAGGUGAACAAAAGCUUCUGGCUUGUCUCCUAAAUCCACAAGAGGGCGCAAUGAUCAAAAUAUAGUGAAACUAAAUUGAGUACUGCAUUAAAUUGUUUAAAGCAAUGAAAUAACAUGACUGUCUAUUUAAACCUGUAUAACGUUUUAAAUUGUCAUAGGCUACAUAAAACAAAUAUUAUAUCAUAAAUUGCAUACAAUUAUAUUAUAAACAAACAACAAUUAUAAACAAAACAGCACCAUGUUCUUAAGAAUAGUUUAAUGCAAAGAACAUACAGAACACAUUUUUGCAAUAAAAACAAGAGGCAGUGAAAAAAAUUACAAUGUCUCACUUUUUUUAUUUAUAACUUUAACUCUACGCUCCGUUCAAAAAAACAUUCGCAAAAUACGAAAGCGACGUCAAAGACAUCUGUCUAGCGCAGGGUCUGCAAUCUAUGACACGCAUGCCAACGUGGAGGGAUAACCGCUGCUAUGUGAGCAAAAGCAAUAGGUGUAUGUAUUUUAUUUGAAUAAAGAAUAUUGCACAUCCAUACUGAUCUGCAUUUGAUGUAAUCAUUCCUCGUUGUCACACAGCUUGUUAUUAAGUUAGGAGCUAUAAAUACUAUUAAACUGCGCAAGUUAAGAGUGCAGCUCUAACAAACCUGCUGCGCAUCACAAGACACCAGAAGAAUGACGCAGAUCAAGAUGUAUCAAAAAAGUUAAGUCCGUUUUGCUUCUGACUCACUGCGCGAUCGGGUAGAUUGGUGUAACCCCUUCUGUUCGAACCGCCCGCUUUAAGCGGGACUCGAACCCGGGUCCGCCGGCAUGGGAGUCGAGCACCCUAACAAGGAGGCUAAAGACCGCAGUCCCGUCAGUCGCUAGAGCGCCUCUUGAGAUCAGGGGAGUGAGGUUUACACGCACAGCUCUUACCUUACCGGCCUACGUCGUUACAUUGGGCGGAUUUGAAUUUGAUCGUGCGGGUGGACAAAAUUUGGACAGGUUUGGGGUCAGUUUGCCGGUUUUCGAAUAUCUAAAUUGUUUGUUAAAUGAGUUUAAAUGUAGGUACUAUUGUAUGCAUGAAUAAAAAUUGUAUAAAAAUGCUGUAUUUAGAACUGUAUUCAUUCAAAAUAAACAUUUGUUUUGUUUAUUUUAAAGAUUUUUAAGUUAAUAUGGAAAUAUUAAACCAUGUAUGAAGUAAAAAUAAGCUAGUAUUCCUUCUCUAACAUAAAUCGACCAUAAUGUUGAGUUAAAUGAGAAACCCAACAUGCUAAAUAACCGAUGGUUGGGUUAGUCCAUAUUGGGUUUUUUUUUUUUUUUUUUUUCAACCCGAUGGUACUUAGAGUGUACAGUAAAGAGUGGACUAACAGUCAAUACAUGAAUUGUUGUGGGAGAUGACUUGAAGGCUAUUUGUAAAUACAUCUGUAACUCUAAGAGCACAGUUGGAUGAUUUAAGGUCUAUGCCAGGCCUUUCAGUCAGAUUGAAAUUUCAUUCAAAUUGAAUUUGCAUAAAAGCUUUUCAAACUGAGCCAUCUAUCCAAUUAGUAAUGGAUUAUUAGGUUGCGUGUAAAUCUCUAGUUUCAUUUGCUGUACCGAAAUCAUUAACUCUAAUUAGUCUACUUGUUUUUAAUAUCUGGAUUGUAAUUGCUCUGCUUUAUUUGA